CUAGUAGUUCCGGUUUUAUUCAGGCCUGCCUCCUGCAUCAGCUGCAGAUGCGCAGCGCACCUUCAUCCUCCUGUAAAGUGAUUCAGCUGCGUUUUGGUUUUCCCUGCCUUUUUUCAAAGAAAGAGACACUUAAAAGGCUCCAGACGCCCCAUUCAGGAACUUCAGCAGACCAGCUGUCCACUAUGAACUCCAUGUUAACCAAUAGCCAGCAGAAAACUAUCUGCUCCCAGCUGGGAAGAGUCAAACUCCAGCUGCUGUACAAGGCCAGCAUCCAUGGUUUCACCGGUGCAGCCUUUCACCAACGAUGUGACAACCGCUGUCCCACAGUGUCUGUGGGCUACAACGCCUCUGGUUAUGUGUUUGGAGGCUACACCAAACAACCUUUCAGUCAGUCUGGACAGUAUGUCCACGAUGACCAGGCCUUUCUUUUCACCUUCAGUGGAGAAAAGCUCAUCAAGUAUCCGGUCACUAUUCCUGCUAACGCAGUGAGAAUGAUGGCUAACUGUGGUCCAUAUUUUGGAGAAACAUUUGUUCUUGUCAAUGCAAGCCGAGCAGUAGUCUAUACCAAUCCAGGAAAUUAUUACAACUUAAAUGCUGCAGAAAUGCAUGGCAAUGACCUCAACCUGGCUGAGUGUGAAGUCUAUGAAGUUGAGGAGAUCCCAGAAUUUGAGAAGCCAUGGAGGCCGAUGGUCUGGGAAACUGAGAAGAGAACAGAGUUGAUGGACGGUAUUAAGCUCUAUUGCCCCAUGAUCAGCUCUGUGUCCCAGGUUCGGGUUCUGCUCAUUGGACCAGUUGGAGCUGGAAAGUCCAGCUUUUUCAAUUCUAUCAACUCUGUAUUCAGAGGCCACGUCAGCAACCAGGCCAUCGCUGGCAGCUCUACCACCAGCCUCACCACAAAGUUUCGCACCUACUCGGUGAAAGCUGGACGAGGAGGAAAACCUCUGCCAAUCAUCUUUUGUGAUACCAUGGGAUUGGAGGAAAACACGGGGGCUGGGCUUGACAUUGAUGACAUCAUCAGCAUCCUCAAAGGCCAUCUGCCAGACAGUUAUCAGUUCAAUCCUUCUGCUCCUCUGCAUCCGGAGGCCAGCGGCUAUCGCAAGUCUCCAGAGCUCAAGGAUGAGAUCCACUGUGUGGUCUAUGUCACUGACGCCUGCAAGGUCUCCAUCAUGCCCACAAAACUGGAGCUGAAGCUGGAAGCUAUCCGCAGAAAGGUCAACUCGAUGGGGAUUCCUCAGCUGAUCCUGCUGACUAAAGUGGAUGAAGCCUGCACUUUUGUCUCACAGGACGUUAGGAACAUUUAUAAGAGCUGCUACAUCGAGGAGAUGAUGCAGGAGGUCAGCGCUCGGCUCGGUGUGCCGAUGUCCUGUGUUGUUCCGGUGAAGAACUACAGCAAAGAGUUUGAGUUGGACCUGAAUUGUGACAUCCUGCUACUCACCGCUGUCAUCCAGAUGCUUCGCGCCGCUGAUAGUUACUUCGAUGAGCUCAGUGACAGAAAAAGCAACAUUGAAACCAAAGAAUACUUCGGCGGCAGCUUUACAUUUACCCCACCCAUCCCCUCCGCUCCAUCUACGUCAGCCAAACCUGCUGUCAGCAUGGCAGCGGGUGCCAAAGAUGCUCUGAGCACACUUACAGACGUCAGUUCAACAGAGAGAAUGGAGAACAAACCUUUGUUUACAUUCCCGGCUACUUUACAGAUGUCAGUUCAACAGAGAGAAGAGAGAUCAAACCUUUGUUUGCAUUCCCAGAUGAGUAAAGUUGGAGCUUUGUUAGGUAUGUCGACCUCCUACAUCGUCCCGGUGAAGAACUACUCGUCAGAGCUGGACCUGGAUGCGAGCACUGAUGUGCUUCUGCUUAGUGCGGUCGACCACAUCCUGCAGUAUGCUGAACUGUAUUUCCAGGACAAUACACCACAACACACAGGGCCAAAGAUAGACUAAAACAUUCAUUUCUGAGCUUUUGAAAUAUGUCUUUCAAACAAUAUUAAUAAAGUCAUCAUUCACAUUUAAAUAACCAUUUAUUGUUUUAUGUCAAAUCUUAAAGAGCAACCUCAGAUGAAGGAUUUUGAGUUCAGCCACUCCUAGUGGUUAUGUCAAAUAACUUUCUCAUAAUGGUUUUUACAAAAUUUAUAAUAGACAAAAUGGUAUAAUUCAGAAUAAAAUCAGAAGUUUGUGAUAUUUAA